CUCGUCUAGCUUGUGUUAGUUCGACCGACUCAACGGAUUAUUUAAUUAUUUUCGAUACCUACUUCAUUCGUCUAUAUUCGUGAUAUUUUGUGGAUCCAACUCGCUUUUAAAUAUAUUUUAUUUUUAUUAUUAUUUUUCUUAUAACUAUAAUGAACUGUUUGGUAAAAUCACCCGGUCCGUCCGGUAAACCAGUGGUCACUAUUACGGCGAGUGCGGCAGCCAGCGUAACAGCCGCAGCCAAGGCGGCAAUGAGUAAUGCAUUAAAAGACAACGAGCAAAUAAACGACGCUGUGAGCAAAGUUUUGGGUGGAUACGAUUGGACUCUAGUGCCGGUUCCUGCCAAACCCCCUACAGAGAAGAAGAAUUAUCAUGUAAAGAGACCAAUGAAUGCUUUUAUGGUGUGGGCUCAAGCGGCACGUCGUAAACUUGCCGAUCAGUAUCCACAACUGCACAACGCCGAACUCAGUAAAACGCUUGGACAACUGUGGAGACUUUUGAGUGGAGACGAUAAACAGCCGUUCAUAGAAGAGGCUGAAAAACUGCGAGUGCUUCACAAGAACAGAUAUCCCGAUUAUAAAUAUCAACCACGUCGGCGCAAUAAGGCGGCUAAAGGAAUACCCAAAAUACAGGACAAAACCAAACAUGAUAAAUCUGAACCAAACGAUUCUCAGUACCAACAGCAUUUAAAACACGACAUGUCAAUGAAUUGUAACAGCACCACUAGUACUCGCCCGAUUAAACAAGAAAUGAUUCCUGCUAGCUCAUCAUCGACCAGUAGUAGUAGUCCAUCCGGUUCACCACCAGAACCACUGACUCCUCCUACUACUCCAAACUAUUACCCAGCCAAACCCAAAAACGGUUAUUGCAAUGCUACACACACUAUUUGUUAUGGUGAAUCGGGUGAAUCUGCGAUAGAUUACAGCCUUGAUUUUGGUCGCAUGGACGAUCUACCGGCGGUGGAGGCUAUCGGAGCUGACAUGGUGGACAGUUCGGAACUGGAUCAGUACCUAACGAUGGGUAACCAAUACCCGUCCAUAUCAAGCAGUUGUGUUGACCCUGCAGAACAAUAUUAUUAUCAUGCCAGGUAUCACGAAAUGCAACCGAAUACGGCCAAGCAACAUUUUUCGGUACAUCAAACGUCAUACCAGCCGUCUUAUCAGUACGUCGUCAACAACUAUAAUAACUAACUUGAAUAUUUAUAAUAUAUAUCAUAUUUUGUAUUUAUUAUAAUAUGCCGGUACUAUUUUAUGUCUAUUUUUUUCACAUGUGAAAUACUCAAAGAAUACUUGUUAGAUGUUAGUCGGUAAAAAUUGUAUACGUGAAACAUUAUUACAUUAUAAUAUAGUCACCAUGGUGUAUGGUAUAUAUUAUUUCCCCCCCCUAUUCACAAUAACCGAAUAUUGAUAUGACUGAUAUUAUAAUAAUGAGGAAUUGAGGAAUAAUUUUUAAAAAAACGUCUAAAAAAUAAUAAUAUUAAUCAUUAAAACAAUAUUUUUAUCUACAUACUUGAUAAUAUAAUAUAUGAGUAAGUUGCGACUAAAACGUUUGUAUUCAAACAAAAUUUUAAAUACUAAUUAAAAUAUUUGAAUCAAA